CUGGCAAAAAUGAAGCAGGAGCACGAGGCCGCGUUCCGCCUCCGUGACGGUGCCUGCGUUCGCGUCGUGCAAGACACCACCAAGGUCGAUGGUUUGGGCGGUGAAGUUUGGGCUGGAGCGCUCGUCCUGUGCGAAUUCCUGGAGGAGCACGCGCAGGAGGUCGUGCAAGGCCGCGACGUGAUCGAGCUGGGUGCGGGCUGCGGACUCUGUGGGCUCGUGGCUGCCUCGCUUAGCGCCAACGCAACCGUGUUGACGGACGAAUACCCGGAUCUGUUGGCAAGAAAUAUCGCCAAGAACUGCCACCUCUGGGCUGAGCGCGAGGCGGACAACGUAGUCUCGAGCGGGGAGCUGGAGUGGGGCGUCCCAGAGUCCAUCGCGCCGUUUGCCCGCAAGUUCGACACGAUGCUAGGCAGCGAGAUCACCCAUAAGUGCACCGCGUCUCACUUCGUAGCUGCAGCAAAGCAGACCGGUUUCACAGUGCGCAAGCACCCAUCCGACGACUGGAGUGUCGUCUUCGAGCUGCGUUUUGAAGGCACCUUUUGA